AAGCGUUACACCGUUGCCCCAUGUAAACAGUUCCUCCAACAUGCGGUUGUGUGCCUGCUAUGAAAGUUUAGCUCAGCCUCACUCUUGUAUGUUUAUGAGUUUAUUUUUUAAUGUGAUGCUUUAAGAAAUUAUUUCACUAUUUAACUGCGAAGCGAAAGAACUUAAAGAUUAAACAAAGCGACGGUAGCGGGGUUCCAUGGAGGUGGAAGGCUGGGACUUCCUCAACUCUCCGCCCGUGAAAACAGUACGGUUCGGGGGCAGUGUGGCGGAGACGCUGGACAAACUCAGAAAGGGAGACAGCAGCGAUUAUGAACUCCUGAAGCAUCAGCUGGCGGAUCCGGACAUAAAGGACGCUCAGAUCAUCAGCUGGCUGCAGGAGUUUCGGGGCUGCAUGACCCAGCUGACCAAAGACCAUGAACAGCUCAUUUACACCGUUUUAAGGCUUCCAUGGGUGGGCCGGAGCCAGGCCGUAGUGGACGAGUUCCUGGCCUUCCUCAGCAACCUGGUGUCGGCGCAGACGGUGUAUUUAUGCGCCUGCCUCAAAAUGGUGGUGUCCCACUUCACUCCCAAGCGGGUGACCAUCUGUGAGGGAGGAGUUGAUAUCUCUGAUUCAGAGGAUGAGGAGGACACCGACCUCCCCAGAAACUUUGACCUUUGUCACCAGGCGCUGCAGCUCAUCAUCAGAUACGUUCCCUCGACGUGUCGCUUCCUCAUGCCCAUUCUCCAAGACGGCUUCCCUUUUGUCCAGAAAUCCCCCAGAACUCUGGAAUGCUACGUCCACAACCUGCUGAGGCUGACCGUCUACGUCCCAUCCAUCCGACGAGACGUGCUGGAGCUGAUCGUUGGGCAGCUGCUCAAACUGGACGUCAGCGCAUCGAGGGAAGAGAUCGAGGAGACAGAGGAGAACCAGAGCCAGAACCAGGACCAGCCUGAGGAGGGACUGUUUGACAUGGAUGAGGACAUGACUGCAGAGCAGCCGCACCGGACCAACAUGAUGGUCCACCCAGUGGCUGAGAGGUUGGACACACUCAUGGUUGUUCUCAUGGCUUACAUCAGAGACAUCUGCAAUGUGGACGGUUCGUUUCACGCUGAACGGACCAAGGAGCUCUACAAAGACCUGCUGAGUGUGUUCGACAAGCUCAUCCUGCCGACUCACGCUUCCGGUCACGUGCAGUACACGCUGUUCUACCUCUGCAGCUUCAAACUGGCUCUAGCCGAGGCUUUCCUCGAUCAUCUGUGGAAGGUUCUGCAGAACCCGACGCAGCCCGCCAUCCUGCGGCAGGCCGCAGCCGGAUACAUGGGGAGCUUCAUGGCCCGAGCCAAGUUCGUCCCUGUGCUCACUGUCAGGGCGUGUCUGGACCUGCUGCUCACCUGGAUCCACGCCUACAUCGACAGCCAGGACAGCAGCGGCCGGCAGGUGUGCUGCGACAUCAGCCUGCAUGGACCCUUCUACGCCACCUGCCAGGCCGUCUUCUACACCCUGGUGUUCAGACACAGAGCCAUGCUGGAGGCCAACAUGAAGAAAGGGUUGGAGUUUCUGCAGAGUCUGAACCUGGAGCGGCUGGUCAUGUGUCAGCUCAAUCCACUCAAAGUAUGUCUGCCUUCAGUCACCAGCAUGUUCGCAGCCAUCACCAGGAAGUACCAGGUGGUGUUCUGUUACACCAUCAUAGAGAGGAACAACAGGCAGGUGCUGCCGGUGGUCCGCAGCUCUGCAGGAGGAGACGGGGUGACCACCAACACCAACCCUCUGGACAGCUUCUUCCCCUUUGACCCCUACCUGCUCAAACGGUCUGGUCAGCUGAUUGAGCCACUCUAUCAGGCUUGGGAUGACCUCGCAGAAACUGAUCUGCUUCCUCCCAAAACAGCUCAACAGGCCCUGAAGGAGGAUGAAGAUGAUUUCUUGAGUGGCGAGACGCCACACGGAGACGCCAUGCUUGGACUGACCCCCAGCUCAUACGGUUCCAACGUCUGCAGCCCCAACAGCGUGGGUUCCCCCCCUACGGCCCAACACAGAGCCUUCAAGUUUUAAUCCCUCGCCGUGAACCUUCGUGUCCUGGCAGAGAAGCGCUGCUCUCAUCAGAAGCUCUGCCUCCCUGCACUGCUGACACCAGUGGAUCCAGGAACAGUGACUUUAUUUCUACAGCUUAAUGCUGCAGCUGCCCACAUAUGAAGUAGACGUGUGUCAUUUUUAAAAUUUUGUAUUGUACACUACUCCAAGAGUGCUCACACACACCUAUAAACAUUUUCUAUGAAUAGAUCAUGUUUUAAAUAAACAGUUAAAGAAGCGGUA